AAAUUCCCAAAAGACCAUGGUUCUAUGAAUCCAAAUUACAGCGAAACGAAAUAAUCAACAUUUGCAAACUCAGACUAGGUCAUGCCAACUUCAACAAACAUUUACACUCUAAGAACAUGUAUUUUACACCACUUUGCCUUCGAUGCACGUUAGGCCAAGAAGAAACUCUCCAGCAUCUAUUUUGGGAAUGCCCAAGCUAUGAAGUCUUCAGGAAAUCUUGUCUAAAAGAAAUCUACAAAGAGUAUAAGACUAACCUUGCAGCAGCACUCAGCUCCAAAAACGACAAAAUUUAUAAGGAAAUUAACAUAUAUUUGAAAGAAAUAAAUAAGAGACUUUAAAGAAACAAGAAACCUUCCAAACACCAACUGUACAUAAUUGUCACAUUUAUGUUGUCCAUUCUUGGGAUUCUUCAUCCGUGGCCCCCCUCCCCAUUUCUGGGUUAGGCAAGCCUGACGGGCCCCAGGCGAAGAAGAUACCUUCUCUCCCUUCCCAAAAUCCCAGGAACCCUAGAUUUCCUAUCUGUUUUACACAUCUAUGAAAAAAAAAAUAACGUAACAAACCUCAAAAAACCAUUGUGUGCUCCGUAACAAAAAAAAGAAACAUAACAAUCAAAAUAAUAACAACAUUAAUGUAAACUGUGUAACUAACAUAACCUAACCUUUGUUACAGAAAGUGUCAAAUGCCCAAAGACAACCACAGAAGGAUUCAAAUGGAUGACCAGGUCUGUCCAAGAUGCAAAACUACCAAAUAUCGCAAUCCUUCUCUGAAACUGAUGGUAAACUCGUGCGGCCAUGCUCUAUGUGAAAGCUGCGUGGAUCUCCUGUUCUUGAAAGGUUCUGGAAGCUGUCCUGAAUGUAACAUACCUCUCAAGCGGAGCAACUUCCGAAUCCAAUUAUUUGAAGAUUCAGGAGUCGAAAAAGAGGUAGAAAUACGCAAACGAGUUCUCAGAGACUACAACAAAAAGGAAGAUGAUUUUGCUACACUCAGAGAAUAUAACGACUACCUCGAGGAGAUCGAAACUAUAAUCUAUAAUCUAGUCAACAACCAGAAUGUGCAGGAAAUGAACCGAAAGAUAGAUCAGUAUAAAAAAGACAAUAGAGAUAUUAUAUUGAAAAAUAAAAUAAAAAUAGGCAAAGAAGAAUUGGAGCUGGAAGAACUGCUUGAGGAAGAGAAACAUGUCGACGAGCUGAGGAAAAGAGAACUCAUCAAAGAGGAGCAGGAACUGAAAAAGAAGAAAAUCAAAGAGAAGGAAGCUUUGAUUGACGAAUUAAUGUUUUCAAACGCCGAUGCCAAACACAUUCUGAGCACUUUCGCUCAAAACAGUCUCGCUGCAAAAGAAGACGAGAAUAAACCUCAGUUGCCCAAAGCUAGUCAAUUCUCCACAGGUAUUAAGUUUAGUAGACACAAUACCGGGUACGCACCUAUUCCUCGGAUGGAAGAAGCACCUCCUUACGUGUACACUCCCCUCAAAUUGACCAUUGAGGGACCGAGUUUACCUUUGUGGAGUGAUUUAGAAUCAGGUUUUAUCGAUAACACCCGUGCGGAAACUUUAGACCAGCGAGCCGGGGGGUUCACAGCCAAGUACGCUUGUAUGCGAGCGCUGCAAGACUCACUGGAUGGUCUUUUCCUCACACCGAACAGACCAGAUAACGCUACAUAGCAGGAGGUGAAUAUUGUGGAGAGUGACUCAAUUGUGGAUCUUGUGGAAUGAACGGUUUACUGUUCAAACUUACCACGAGAACGAGGAAAGGCUGAUGGAUUCAAACCUUGGACAUUUUGUUUCAUACUUGUAAUUUGCUGCCAAGUUUAAGACAGCCCGUCAAAGUCGGUUUUGAAGUGAUCGUAAAAACUGUCAAUCAUUUUCUUUGAUAUUUUUCCCAUGUGGUUAAAUGAUUGUCGAUUAUUGAAUUAGUUCAAGACGGAAUAUAUCUAAUGAUUACAACUUUUAAUUUCAUCGUUUUUAAUUUACAUGAAAGUUUUGGAUCAUAAAAUUAAUAUUAUUUACAGUAAUUGUGGUGUUUAUAUUUACAACUGUUUUAGGUCUACCAAUUUCUUUUUUGUUAUUUUGGGUUUUUAUGAUUUACGUUGAUAUUCUUGUUUUAUACUCACAACUCAUCAGUUAUGUUAUUUGUAAACAGUUAUCAAAGUUGAUAAUUCAAUGUCAAAGACAAGUUUGAAUUAGGAUUUUACAGUGUAUAUUAAGUCAUGUAAA